GUGGCUCAUAGCGCCAUCUUUAGAAAACCGUGGUGUUGAAGGACCUGAAUUACACUCGUGUGUUUCAUUUUACGUUUUAGAUAUUUGAAUGUUUGAACUUUAGUAACCGCUUGUUGUUGAGAAGUGAGAUGGGGGUGAAGGCGCAGCGACCUCGCUGCUUCUUUGACAUCAGCAUCAGUAACGUGCCAGUGGGAAGAGUGGUUAUCGAGUUAUUCUCUGAUGUGUGCCCGAAGACUUGUGAGAACUUCCGUUGUCUGUGCACAGGUGAGAAGGGUCUGGGAAAAGGCACCCAGAAGCCUUUGCACUACAAAGGAAGUUUGUUUCACAGAGUAGUGAAGGACUUCAUGAUCCAAGGAGGGGAUUUUAGUGAAGGAAAUGGUCGAGGUGGUGAAUCAAUAUAUGGAGGUUUCUUUGAAGAUGAAAGCUUCUCCGUCAAGCCCAACAAGGAGUUUCUCCUGUGUAUGGCCAACAGGGGAAAGGACACCAAUGGCUCUCAGUUUUUCAUAACAACAAAGCCCACCCCUCAUCUUGAUGGGAUCCAUGUGGCGUUUGGUCAGGUGAUCUCUGGACAGGAAGUCGUCAGGACUAUUGAGAGUCAGAAGACGGACCCUAACAAUCGGCCAAUUUGUGAGGUGAAGAUGACUAACUGUGGUGAGCUAGUUCAGAAAGCCAAAGCAAAGAAAGAGAAGAAGCGCCACAAGUCGGCCUCUGGGGAGAGCGAGAGUGACUCUGACUCGUCGUCCGACUCCUCCUCAGACUCGGACGACUCUGAGAAGGAGUCCAAGAAGAAGAAGAAGAAGAAGCACAAGAAAGAGACCAAGAAGAAAAAGAAGGAGCAGAAGCGCAAGAAGAAGGACAAGAAGGGGUCUGAGGAGGAGCCGGAGGAGGAGGCCGAGGCUGAGCCCGUGUCCACUAUCCGUCCAGAGGAAGUGCCGCCCGUCCCCGAGAACCGCUUCCUCAUGCGACGCAGCCCGCAGCCCCGAGAGGAGGCUGUGAAGGACAAGGGCAAAGAGAGUUCCGGAAAAGACCGGCAGAAGGAGAGGGACCGGGACCGUGAUCGGGAGAGAGACAGAGAGCGAGAGAGACAAAGAGACCGGCCCAUGAUGAACUCCAGGCAACCAAACCGCAAUAGGCUGGUGAUGACCCGCUCCGGCAGAAAAAUAAAGGGCAGAGGCCCCAGGAGGUACCGCACUCCGUCUCGUUCCCGCUCCCGCUCUUGGGACCGCUUCAGGCGCAGUGAGACUCCUCCCCACUGGCGGCAGGAAAUGCAGCGCACGCAGAGAGUCCAGCGCACACGCGUCAGCGAGGACCGCUGGAUCAAAGGAGAUAAGGGAGACAUGGAGAAAGAGAAGCCAGCCCCUGCACCAGAGGUUAAAGAAGCCGAGAGGAAGAACUCUGAGAGGGAGCGAAAGAACUCUGAGAGGGAACGAGACCGAAGAACGUCUGACAAAGAGAAGGAGAAGGAGAAGGAGAAGGAGAAGAAGACUUCCGAGAAAGGCCGAGAGGAGUCCCAGAGUCCAUCCAGGCAGAAGGACAAGGACCGAAAGGGCAGGCGCCAUCACUCGAGGAGCAGAGACCGAGACGGACAAAAGAAGGCCGACGGAGAGAAGGAGGACGACGAGGCUCGGAAGAGGAGGGGUCGGUCCCGUAGUAGAAGCGGCGAGAAGAGAAGCGACGGGGACCGCCGGCGUAGUCAGACCGAUGACAAGAAGGCCCGCUCCCGAAGCAAAGACCGCAAGGAGAGGGACGACAAGAAAGAGAAGGAAAAGGAGAAGGAGAAGAAGUCGUCAUCGGGAACGAGAGGACAAGAGAGGAGUAAGAGCAAAGACAACAGCCGGAACUCCGAGACGGACGGCAAAGACAAACCGAAGGAGGAGAGCGACAAGAAAAUGAAGAACGGCGAAGGCGAGCGGGCGAAGUCCCGCAGCAAAGAAAGAGACUCCAAAACAGACAGAGACGCCAGACGCAGGUCCAGGUCUCGGUCCAGAGGGCGUGGACAUGGCCAAGGCCAGCGCGGCCAAUCGCGCGACCGGACGCAGGACAAAGGAAGGAGCCGCGACCGAGACAGGCAGCGGAGCCGGGAGCGCAGGAACAGGCGCUCCAAGAGUCGGGAGAGGGAGAGGGAAAGGGAGCGAGGCAGAGACCGAGAGAAGGAGCGGGAGAGGAGGAGGAGCAGGAGCAGGGACAAAUCCAGAAGCCGAGACGCCCGGCGAGACAAGAACUCAAAGAGCCGCGAUCGCUCCUCCAAUCAGCGAAGGAGCAGAGAGAGGGAUGAGGACCGAAAGAGGAGGCGGAGAGAUCGUAGCAGCAGCAGCAGUAGCAGUAGCAGCAGGAGCAGCAGCAGCGACUCUGACAGCGACAGGGCCAAGAACAAACCGAAGAGGAGUGCCAGCCCGAAAGGAAAACGACCAAACAGCCGAGAGAAGAGGAGAGACAAGUCGCAAAGCCCCAGGAGGAACCGGGACCAUCGUAAAGAUGACAAAAACAGAUCCGGCUCGAGCGAUAGCGACUAGACUCGCUGACGUAGGAGCGGAGACUCCAGUUUCUACCAAGGCCUUUGUGAUAGCCCCUGUCUACAGGGUACAGAUAAUAGAGGUUUUAAUGGGUGUAGGAGGGAGCGAAGUCCUAGUUGUAGGUGCCCUCCCACUUGUGUGUUUUAAGAACUGUAAAUAAACACCGAAUCCACAACAUGUUUUACAGUCAUAAAUGGUUAAUUUAAAUUGGACUCGUUGGUAAGACUGGACUUUAAAUGCCCCAAGUGAAGUUUUUUUUUUUUUUCCGGGAAAUGUGCUGGCCCUUCAUCCUCCUGUUAUUGCUGUAACUGACCACAGCCUGUCUGGCAAAUAGAGAUAAUAGACAACAUUACAUUGUUGAAGAUAAUUAACACUUUUACUGGAGGGGCAUACAUGUGGGUAGUUGAGCUUGUGAUAUGGUGUGGGUGCAGAAAAAUCAUAUGCAUUUCCACCCAUCCAUGUUUUUUUUUUUGUUUGUUUGUUUUUGAGAUGAAAUGAUCCAGAAUGGGAUUGGUCAUUUUAAUUGAUUUAAAUUUUUAAACGAUUCUCAGUUUUCUACCUCUCUGGGUAUGUCCAUUUAAAAAAAAAAAAAAAAAAAAGUUUUUUUUUGUUUUUGAAAACCAGCGUGUAACAUUUGUAUUGAUAAAUGUGGUGCAAAUGUCAUCUUGUUUAUUCCAUUAAAGACUUUUGGGAUUGUCCCACCCUUUA